AUGCAGCUUCACCAAAAUUUGCCCUUUUGUUGUUCUUUAUAAUGUUUUAUUUUCACAAGCUGCAAAAAUCCAAUUUGGGCCGUCCUAUCUCCCAUCUAAAAUUCCCAUCCUCCUGUGCAGAUUUAUAAGUAGUGGUAAUAAUAUUCUAUAGUCCCCUGUCAUGCAGAAGAAUACCAGACCAAUCUCUCCUCCACAGUCCUUAUAUAAACCUUGUCUUAAACACUUUCCCAUCGCCUCUCUCUCUCUCUCUCUCUCUCUCUCUCUCUGCAGCAGCAACAAUUGUGGUUGCUGAGUGAUGGAGGAUAAUAAGCAGCCCCUCCUCCCGCCCGCCGAGAAGGUGGAACGAGCCGAUCAUCGUGUCGGCGGCGACCAGGCCCACGACCAGCAGACAAUCGCAGCGAACCUACCGCUCUCAACCACCGUCAACGACGCCUUCACCUUCACAGCACGAGCCGACGACAUCCCCCCGAUCAAGGGGCCCCGUGACUUCGUUCGGGAGUUUGCCAAGGAGUCCAAGAAGCUGUGGUUCCUCGCCGGCCCCGCCAUCUUCACCUCCAUCUGCCAGUAUUCCCUCGGGGCCAUCACCCAGGUCUUCGCCGGCCACGUUGGCACCCUUGCGCUCGCCGCCGUCUCCAUCGAGAACUCUGUCAUCGCCGGCUUUUCCUUCGGUGUCAUGCUCGGGAUGGGAAGCGCGCUGGAGACGCUGUGCGGGCAGGCUUAUGGGGCGGGGCAGAUCGACAUGCUCGGCAUAUACAUGCAGCGGUCGUGGGUCAUCCUCAACACGACAGCAGUAGCGCUGUGCUUACUGUACAUCUUCGCGGCGAAGCUCCUGCGGCUGAUAGGGCAGACGGAGGCGAUCUCAGAGGAGGCCGGGAUGUUCGCCGUCUGGAUGAUCCCGCAGCUGUUUGCGUAUGCGAUGAACUUCCCGAUCGCCAAGUUCCUGCAGGCGCAGAGCAAGAUCAUGGUGAUGGCUGUCAUCGCCGCGGUGGUGCUGGUGCUCCACACCGUGUUCAGCUGGCUGCUGAUGCUGAAGCUCGGAUGGGGGCUCGUCGGGGCCGCCAUCGUGCUCAACGCGUCGUGGGUGGUCAUCGUGGUGGCCCAGCUCGUCUACAUAUUCAGCGGCACUUGCGGGAGGGCGUGGACGGGUUUCUCAUGGAAGGCGUUCGAGAACCUUUGGGGGUUCGUGAGGCUGUCCCUCGCUUCGGCCGUCAUGCUCUGCUUGGAGGUUUGGUAUUUCAUGGCGCUCAUUCUCUUCGCGGGUUACUUGAAGAAUGCAGAGAUUUCGGUGGAUGCCUUAUCUAUCUGCAUGAACAUACUGGGGUGGACGCUCAUGGAGGCUCUAGGAAUGAAUGCAGCCAUAAGGUUGGUACUAGAAUUAUAAGCCCUCCGUAA